GUCCCCGUCGGUGAUGGUGGCGGGUGUUAACGAAUGUUGAGUUUGCGGUACCGUGUUUAGUGUGGUGUUCUUGGCCCAGAGCCGUAUUCGGUGAUGUUGGAAGCAGCGGUAGAUGAGGCCGCGGCCAGACACGCGGUCGCGGUGGAGGAGGCGAGCUCGGGCCGCCUGCACGAACUGGUGUUGCGCGUAGCCGCGGUGCAGGGCGCGCGGCCGGCGGUGUGUAGUGAGCGCGAGGCGCCAGGAGUUUCUGUGUCUUACAGCUACAGCCAGGUUGUCAACCUGGGAAACAGAUUGCAACAAGUGCUCCACUCGCACUGUGACUUUGCUCACGGUUAUGUGGUUGGAUUAUACUGCCAGCCGACAGUAAACUUACCCAGCUGCAUUUUAGGUAUUCUUCAAAUUGGGGCAGCAUUUUGCCCAAUUGAUCCAGAAAAUGCACCUCACUUUUCAGCAAAUUUUAUUCAAAGGUGUAAAUUGACGUAUAUCCUUAUUCAGAAAGAUAUGAUACAGAAAUUCAGGGAUACUCAGUCAAAGUGGUUGAAUAUCGAAGUCAAACAUGAUGUACCAGCACUAAAUGUAGUACUUGUGAAGGUUCAGCGGCGGGUGACUAAUGUGGAUUCAGAACCCAAAAACAAAGAAAAUGUAAUUUGCAGUAAGAUAGGAGGGUUGAGAGAAGGCAGCUCUGAAGCUGCCGAAGAGGAUGAGAGACAUGUGCACAAAUAUUCAGACUUUCAGAGGCAUGGAUUUCUGGCAUAUAUAUUGCAAACAUCAGGUACAACAGGAACUCCAAAAAUUGUUCGAGUGCCACAUCAGUGUAUUGUUCCAAACAUACAGCAUCUCAGAACUAUUUUCAAGGUUUCAUCAGAUGAUGUAAUUUUUAUGGCUUCCCCUUUGACCUUUGACCCCUCUGUUGUUGAAAUGUUUGUCGCAUUGUGUAGUGGAGCUACACUGCUCAUUAUUCCCCCAGUCAUUAAAAUGAUGCCAAAAAGACUAGCCAAUGUGCUUUUUAACCAACAUAAAGUCUCUAUUAUGCAGGCCACCCCAACAUUGAUCAAACGGUUUGGACCAGAAGUUUUAACAUCAGUUGUUCUUUCAGCCAGUACUUCAUUACGUGUAUUAGCAGUAGGGGGAGAAGCAUUUCCUUCACUGAAUGUGCUCAAAAGCUGGCGAGGAGAAGGAAAUAAAACUGAAAUUUUCAAUCUUUAUGGGAUUACGGAAGUAUCAAGUUGGGCUACAUACUACAAAAUUCCUGAAGAAAGCCUGUGUAGUGCUACUCCGUUACAUGAAGAGUGUGUACCCUUAGGAUUCCCUCUUUUGGGAACUGUUUUGGAUGUUGUGGAUAACUCUGGUCAGGUAAUCCACGAGGGAAAGGGACAAGUUUUCAUAGGUGGUAAAGAACGUGUAUGUUUACUUGAUAAUGAAAAAGCUGUGUGUCCAGGCACAAUGAGAGCCACUGGGGACUGGGUAAUCGUUAAAGAUGGACACAUGUAUUACAUAGGACGUGAGGACAAUCAGAUUAAACGCCAUGGGAAACGUGUGAAUCUUGAAAGAAUCCAGCAGGUAGCUGAAAGUUUGAAGCAAGUGGAAGUCAGUGUUGUGGCCAAAUAUGACCAGGUGAAGCUAAUUUUGUUUGUAGUGCCCAAGGGCAUUCCUAAACUGCGUAAGGGAGAGACCACAAAUUUCUGCAGGGAUAUCCUUCUUGAUCUUGAAAAGUCCCUCUCUUCUCAUGAAAUUCCAGAUCAUGUUGUCGAAAUCGAUUCAGUACCACUUACAACUCAUGGCAAAGUAGAUCGCACUACUUUGAUUCAGAUAUACGAAGAACAGGCAAAGGCAAAGAAGUCAGACUGCAUAGUUGGGAGAAAAGAACUUUGGGAAGGUAUCCAACGGCUUUGGAAGGUUGUGCUCAGUCUUCCAGAUGACUUUCCAGAUGUUUCUGAAAAUUGUAUGUUUCUGUACAAUGGAGGGGACUCUCUAAAAGCUUUGAGGCUUACCGAAGAAAUUGAAACAUUUUUAGGACAAACAUUAAUUGGACUGACUGAAGUUAUUUUAAAUGGUUCUGUUCUGGAUAUUUACAAUCAUAUUGCCAAUAUAUUCUUUGAAGCUACGAAUAAGGAGGAUAUUGAUAAAAAUUAUAGGAAAAGGAAAAGAAUUAAAGAUGAAAGUGCAGGAUCUCAGCCAAAGUGGAAUGAAAAUCAACUGUCUACAGCAACAAUUUCGAACAUUACUACUAUAAGUAGAGGGAGUCACAUUAUGAAGCUAAAAAUUGCUGAAAAUUGUCCUCACUUAAAAGAAGGAAAAGAGUUGAUGGAUCCUGAGUUAAAUGGAAAAAAAAGGGAAGAAGAUUAUUCGUUUAAGCUGUCUGAAAAUAUGAAUGCAAAAAUAUUAGAAAAUGAGAAGAUGUCAGAUAAGAAUAGCUAUUUGGAAUCAACUGUAAACAAAGUUAUUGAACCACCAGAUCAUGCUGGAAUGUUCAUUCCAGAAGUGUGUGUUGUUAGUUCCAGAAGAGUAACAUUUAAGGUCAGAUGGAAAUCUGAUACUGCAAAAUGUGUUGAUGCAUCUCCUCUAGUGGUAAUAUCAGGAGAUAAUGACUCGGAUGGAACUGUGUACAUUGGAUCUCACUCUCACAGGAUACAGGCGAUUGAUCUGUUGUCUGGAAGGAUAAGAUGGGAGAGGAUUCUUGGCGACCGGAUUGAAUCAUCUGCAUGUAUCUCCAGAUGUGGCAACUUCAUUAUUGUAGGUUGUUAUGAUGGUUCUGUCUGUGUGCUAAGAGUCAGUGAUGGGCAAACAUAUUGGAUUUUUUGGACAGAGGAUUCAGUUAAAAGUUCUCCAGUUAUGGAUUCUGACCUAGGACUGGUCUUUGUUGGAUCGCAUGACCAACACCUCUAUGCUUUGGACAUUCCUGGUAAAGUGUGUGCCUGGAAAUUGUACUGUGGAGGAGGUGCUGUGUUCUCAACUCCUUGUUUAAACAAAUCACCACGAAGACUUUACAUAGCUACCCUUGGAGAAUCAUUAGUAGCUGUCAAUCCAGACACUAGGAGUGUAGUUUGGAAACACUUCUGUGGCAAACCUUUAUUUUCUUCACCUCAGUGCACUGUACAGAAUGUGUUUGUUGGUUGUGUUGAUGGAAGCCUGCAAUGUUUCAGCCACAAUGGUGAUCAGCUUUGGCAGUUCUCAACUGGUGGCCCGAUCUUUACUUCACCAUGUAUCUGCCGCUUUUCUCCAACAAGUCAGAAAAUAAUAUGUGGAUCUCAUGACUGUUUCGUGUACUGCUUAGAUGAAGUUGGAAGUUUAAUGUGGAAAUUUGAAACCAGCAGACAAGUAUAUGCAGUUCCAUUUGUUUUCACAAACUAUAAUCUUGAUAAUCGAACUUUAGUAGCUGUGAUCUCCACAGACGGAAACUUAUGGCUCUUGGCUGCUGCAACAGGGGAAUUGGUUACUUCAUAUUCCCUUCCAGGCAAGGUAUUCUCUUCACCGGUAUUGUGGAAAGAAGCACUUAUAGUAGGUUGUAGAAAUAACUUUGUGUAUUGUUUGGAGAUGUUUGCAUCAGAACAAGAAAACAAUUUUGGCUGAAUGUGAUUAUUUUCCUAAAUAAUUAAUUACAUAUUUAUGAAUCACAGACUUGAUUAAUUUUGGAUAUUUGUUCAUUUAUGAUCAUUCAGGUGCAAGGCAGUUCCAGUCUGAACUAAUAUUGCUUAUGAAAGUACUGCAAAUCUUUGUAUAAUUCAAAAUACAGGCCCUGAAUCACCAUUGGAAAGGGCUUCAUUCACUAAAUGUGUUAUUAUUUAAACAAUCUGGAGCAAUUGCUUUUAUUGUUUGAACAACUUGUUCUUAACUCUGAGGAUCUCAGACUUCUCAAGCAUGACAGCUAAAUGUUUUCCAUAAAAGAAACAACAUCCAUAUUAAGUCAUCGUACAAGAAAGUUGUAUAGAAAGAUUGAAAAUAGGAGCAAGAGUAGGUCGUGCAGCCCUUUGAACCUACUCCGCCAAUCAAUGUGAUAGUAGCUAAUCAACCAACUUAAUACCCUGUUCCUGCUUCGCAACUCAAUCCCCAUUCCCCCAUCCUUUGAUCUCGUUAGCCCCAGGUGAUGUAUCCAACUCCUUGAAAUCAUACAGCAUUUAUCUCAAACUGCUUUCUGUGGUAGAGAAUUCCACAGGUUCACCACUUUCUGGAUGAAGUAAGUUCCCCUCUUCUCAAUGCUGAAUAGUGUAUCCUUACCCUGAGACUGUGUGACCCUGGCUCUGGACUCCCUUGUCAUCAGGGACAUCUUCCAGCAUCUACCUUGUCUGGUCUUGUUAAAAUUUUAUAGUUUUCUGCGAGAUCCUUCCAUCAUUCUUCUGACCUCUAGCAAGCGCUAUCCCAAUCGAUUCAACCUCUCAUCCUACGUCACUCCUGCUAUCCCAGGAAUCAGACUGGUAAACCUGUGCUGCGCUUCCUUUAUAACAAGAACAUCCUUUUUCAGAUAAGAAGACCAAAACUGUACAUAGUAUUCCACAUGUUGUCUCACCAGGGCCCUGUAUAAUUGCAGCAAUACAUCCCUGGUGCUGUAUUCAAAUCCUCUUAUUGAAGGCCAGUGUACCAUUCACCUUCUUCACUGCCUGCUGUACGUGCAAGCUUAUCUUCAGCGACUGGUAUACAAGGAAAUUCUGGUCUCGCAUUCAACUCCUCAACUUAUAACUAUUCAGACAAUGAUCCAUCUUCCUGUUUUUGCUCCUGAAGUGGAGAACCUCCCAUUUAUCUACAUUAUAUUGCAUCUUUCAUAUGUUUUCCCACCGAUUUGUCCAAAUUGCACUGAAAUAUCUCUGCAUCCUUCUCGCAGCAUGCCCUCCCCAUCCAGCUUUGUGUCAUCUUCAAAUCUGGAGAUAUUACAUUUAAUCCCCUCAACCAAAUCAUUAAUGUAGCUUGUAAAUAGCUGGGCUCCGAGCACUGAUUCCUAUGGUACUGUACUAGUCACUGCCAGCCAUCCAGGAAAAGACCUGCUUAUUAAACAUAGAAACAUAGAAGAUAGGAGCAGGAGGAGGCCAUUUUGCCCUUCAAGCCUGCUCCGUCAUUCAUCACGAUCACAGCUAAUCGUCCAACUCAAUAUUCUUAUUCUUUGUUUCCUGUCUGUCAACUAGUUUUCUAUCCAUCUAAGUACACUACCUUAAAUUCCAUGCACUUCAAUUGUACACAAUAAUCCGUGUGGAACUUUGUCAAAAGUGUACCGUAAGUUCAAAUGAACAACAUCCACUGGUUGCCCCUCAUUAACUGUACAAGACACAUCCUUGAAGAAUUCCAGUUGACUAGUGAAGCAUGAUUUCACUUCUAUAAGUUCUUGCUUUUUCGGUUAAUAAUAAUUACUUGAUCUACCUCUGGUGUAUUUUAUUCCGAAUGUGACACUUUGGUUUGUGUAAGAUCAAGCCUGAUGAUGCCAUUAUUUUAUUUUAUCAAUAAUGCAAUGUUAAAUUGUGUGUAGAUGGUAAAUUCAAGACAAGACACUAUAUUAUCAAGUAUGAGGUCUGAGAGUAAACACUUCUCACUAACCAUCAGCUUUGAAGAGUAAAAACUGGCUCUGUUUUUUUUAAAUCUGAGAAUCCCACAAUUCUGUGCAUUCUGUAACUGUUUCUGGCUAUAAGAGAUUCUUUGUCAAAAGUGAAAGACAAAAACAAAAAACCUUUAAAAUCUCAAUCAAGCUGUUCACCUUCCAUCAUUGUUGAUUUAGAGUUGUGAAGUUCCAGCAGUCAUGAGUGUAGGAUAGAUGUGAAGCUGGUCUUCAUCUAUUAAAUUAUUAGGAUGUUGUUGCAGUGUACCCCUCCUAAAAUUCAAGUAAACAUCUGAGUGACUAACUGCAACUAGUGAGCUAUGAAACAAAGCUUAUUUUAACUCAGAAAUAAAGUGCAUAGUUUAAAAUUGAAACCAGACACAACUUAGCAUUUUAAAUCAUUUUUAUUUUGUGCUUUAAUGU